AUGUCGGUGGACCUGCUGUUGAACCUGCUGAGACUUAUUUUCCGGGAGCAAGUGGAUUCAUCCGAUUUUGGCUCUCUCGCGUCUCAGACACAACAGGGGUUGAGCAAGUUUGCCAAUGGCUUGACACUUCAUAUCUAUGGUCACAGCAUGGGCGCUUCCAUGGCACUGUUCACUGCUUUGCUUGCGAUCGAUGCGAAGAAGUUUAAAAAGAUUCGCGUCUAUCUAGCAGGUGGUGUUAGAACCAUUAGUGUGGGUACCGAAGCCUUCAUGAAGGAGAACAAAACAGAGAUAGAGACGUACGAGAUAUAUGGAGAUCCUGUGCCAUAUAUAGACGAGCAUUUGAAGUUUUUCAAUCGUUUGACUCGUGUGUCUGACUCUUUUGGGCCACUUGGCUAUGCUGCCGUGCUGCAACUAUCCAAAGAUAAAGCAAUGGCAGACCUUGAGAAACUAGCGACUCCCGGUACACAGUACAUAGCUUUGUUGCACCCGACUGCUGGAUUCAAUCCAAUUACUGCUCAUCUUCAAACGACCUAUAUGUCCGCUUUCUUGGACAACAAGGUGUUCAAAUCAUUUAGAACACCGACACAGCUCAAGGCUCUGGCCAUUACUCGCUACGUUGUGCUCAAAGCCCUUGCCGACAUCCGUCAAGUGUGGGAGCAGAACUUGUUCCCCAAGUACGGGUUGAAUGCGAUGAAGCAAAGUGACAUGAGAAGAGAAAUCUGGGAGGAAGAAGGAGAGCAAGAAGGGGACAGACUGGAAUCGAUCGCAACAAGAGCGAAGAAGGGAGCCGCCCACAGGAUCUAG